GACACCAUUGCAGUGGCUGGUUUUAUUGUUUUGUCUUCACCUACGACAAGCAAAGAUGGUGAACAUUGCUUAUUUUUGAAAGCACUUGAGGACUUCAAGUCAACUGUUUAUGUUUAUAUUAAAUCUAUAAUAGAUUUUUCUACAGAGUCAAUGUCUUUGGUUCCAGCAACACGUUAUACGUACACACCGCUGAAUGAACUCAAAGGUGGCAUGAUUGUCAAUGUCUAUGGUGUUGUGAAGUUCUUUAAGCCUCCAUAUCUCAGCAAAGGAACUGAUUAUUGUUCGGUUGUUACAAUUGUGGACCAGACAAAUGUAAAGUUAACCUGCCUACUCUUUAGUGGAAAUUAUGAAAGCCUUCCAAUAAUUUAUAAAAAUGGAGAUAUCGUUCGCUUUCACAGGCUGAAGGUGUGGGAUGGCACCAGGACCCCGUUUCCGUCCUGGAGAGUCUGCGUACAAGACCUUGUUUUUCAUGGUGAUUUAAGUCACAUCCGGCGGCUGCAGAACCUGGCAGUAGACAUUUUAGUCUAUGAUAACCAUGUUCAAGUGGCAAAAUCUCUGCAGGUUGGAAGCUUUCUUAGAAUUUAUAGCCUUCAUACCAAACUUCAAUCAGUGAAUUCGGAGAACCAGGCUACAUUGUUAGCUCUAGAGUUUCAUCUCCAUGGAGGUACCAGUUAUGGUCGGGGAAUUAGAGUCUUGCCAGAAAGCAACUCUGAUGUGGAUCAACUGAAAAAGGCUUUAGAAUGUGCAAGUUUGACAGCCAAUCAGUGUUCAGAUGGUGUAUGUCAAUCGGAAUGUGAGGACAGCUUUCCAACAAGCUCUGGAUCAGUAUCAUUGUAUGAGGUAGAAAGAUGUCAACAACUAUCAGCUACAAUACUUACAGAUCAUCAAUAUUUGGAGAACACCCCGCUAUGUGCUAUUUUGAAACAAAAAGCUCCCCAACGAUAUCGUAUCCGAGCAAAAUUGAGAUCGUAUAAGCCCAGGAAACUCUUUCAGUCUAUUAAACUUUAUUGUCCUAACUGUCAGUCAAUGCAGGAAGUUCUGCACGAAGGUGAUUUGGAUCGAAUUUUGCAAGAGAACGCAACUAAAACUCCCAAUACUCAACUACAAAAUACUUCAUUAUAUGAUUCGAAAGUCUGGUCCACUAAAGAUCAGGGAGAACGACAAGUAGCUGUUCAUUUUGUGAAAAAUAAUGGUAUUCUCCCACUUUCAAAUGACUGUCUAAUUUUGAUAGAAGGAGGUACACUUAGUGAAAUCUACAAACUGGCAGACAAGUUUCAUAGUGUAAUCCCUGUGAAAUCUGGCCAUGAAGACCUGGAACUGCUUGACCUUUCAGUACCAUUCCUUAUCCAAGGAAAAAUACAUCACUACGGAUGUAAAACGUGUUCUAGUUUGAGACCAAUACAAAAUCUAAAUAAUCUGGAUGAUAAAACAUCAUGGAUUCCCUCUUCUGUGGCAGAAGUAUUGGGUAUUGUACCCCUUCAACAUGUGUUUGUGAUGACAUUCACUCUUGAUGAUGGGACAGGAGUAUUGGAAGCUUACCUCAUGGAUUCUGACAAAUUCUUCCAUAUUCCAGCAUCAGAAAUCCUAACCAAUGAUUACCUUCAGGAAAGUAUGGAUAUGAUCAUGAAUAUGCUUUGCCCUCCAGGAAAAAAAAUUGAUACAUAUCCGUGGUUGGAAUGCUUCAUCAAAUCGUAUAAUGUCACAAGUGGAACGGAGCAGCAAAUUUGCUAUCAGAUUUUUGACACCACAGUUGCAGAUGAUGUUAUCUAAUAUUGACAUUCAACCUGGCAUAUGUAAAAUAUUGUAAUUUUAAAAACAUUAUUAUUUUCUAUGAGAUUGCUAUCAACAUGUAAAAGCUUUAGCUCAGUAGUUUAUUUUCCAUUGUAACCACUAUUUAAUUUAAAAAAAUAGACAUUGUGUUAUCUUAACACCUUGUAAGUUGAAAAUGUUCCUGUUACUCAGAAAUAUCCAGUAUGAUGGCUGCUCAGGUUAUAAAAGAAAGAGAGACAAUGAAUAAAUAAAGACUUUCGCUUACUCUUCGUAGACCUUUCAGAGAAGCUGUUUGUUCCUGCAUUAAAGUCACUUUCCCGUUGGUUUUGCCACUGAUUUCUCUGCCAUCCCCUGUCCCUGGUUGAGCUGCUUUCCUUGCCUAGGUCUUUAGGUCAGCAGUGUGUUUAGCAUGGUUAUGGGAUUAGAAGAGACCCUGGCCUUAAGUCUGAGCUUUGACUGAGUUCAAGGAUGUAGUGGAUAGUGGUUCUGCUUUGCUUUAGUUUUGUACAAAGGGAUCUGCUUAAACCAAUACCCCUCAAAAAAAAUGCUUCUUCAAAUGAGCCACAGUGUACUUUAAAGAGGGGUUUACUUUAAGUGAAAGUGGUAGAAUUGUUUUCUUUGGGUGCUGAUAUUGACCAAUUUAGGAUAAAUUCAUUUUUUAGACCAGAAUGAUAUGCUUUGAUUGCUUAUUUCUGUAUAUGAUAUUAGAAGUCAUUCUAUUUCAUCCCUACUUUAGAAAGUGGUUCAGAUUCACCUUUAGUGUAUCUGGGUGCUGGGAAUGUGGUGUACUUUUUUUUUUUUUUUUACUGUGUUUACCUAUCCCUUCUUUAAAGUUAAAACUAACCAUGUAUUAUGUGAACUGCCAAUGUAUGCAUGUAUGCUACUAAGAAUAAUGAGCACAAUCAUUACUGUCAGGAAUUCUUAGAUGUGAUAAAUUCCAACAAUUGGGAUAUCUUUAAAACACAGAAGGGGCGGGGUGUGUGGGGGGGGUGGAUACAGACUGCUCAACUCAUUAAAUAAUGUUAAAACAACUGAAAAGAUAAAAUCAUGAGUAUUCAGUUUUAUGAAACUACUCUAUAUAUCUGUAUAUAUGUGUACAUUUAUGUAUAUUAUUUGCUAAAGACAGAUACAGAUUUUUCUAGUUCAAUCGUGAAUAAAUGCACGUAAUUCA